AUGACGCAACUGGUUGAUCAACAACAACAACAACAACAAUUAGCAACAGCUACCACUAUCAACAACAACAACGGAGGGAUUCGAAUGACUACAGGAGACUCUUCUCCUCGAUCGUUACAACAAGCACUUGUGUUAUAUGAUUACGACGCAACAUCAUCCAACGAAAUGACCAUACGUGAACAUCAAAUAAUAACUAUAAUCAAAUAUGAAGAUGAUUGGUCACUUUGUAAAAAUCCACAAACAUCACAAUUAGGAUAUGUUCCAACUGGUUAUAUUCAAAUUAUUGUAAAGCCACAAGUGAAACCACCAAAUUCACAACGACCACCCAUGUUGAGAAAGAAUAUUAUGCAACCAUCGGAUCAACAAAAUGUUGUCAUGAACAAGACUUUUCACACAAAUAAUGAACAACAACCUGUGAAUGGUACUAGUAGUAAUGGUCCUGUUGAUCAACAAUUUCAAAAUAGAAAAACAGAACCAAUGGUAGAUUCUUCAAUGUCCAUUCGAAAAACCAAAAAGAAUACACAAGGAUCAAGCUCACCAAGAAAUUCUCCAAAUCAUUCGACUGUUAGUUCUAAUAUUUUCACAUCAACCACAACAACAUCAGGAAAUUCAUCAUCAAGCAGUGGAAAUCAUCCUCAAGGAAAAGUACCCAAGUUAUCGGGUGUUAACAGUGGAGCAACAACAAGCACUGACUCACCUCCUGAUUCUCCUGAAGGUGACAACAACAACAAGUUAGGAAAUUUCACAAGUGUGAAAGAACGAAUCAAAUUGUUACAAGAACAGAAAUUGUCGUUAGCCAAUGCAUCAUCCACCAGUGGUGGUGUUAGUGGUGUUCCAUCUUCAACAACAACUCUUUCCCAACACACCACUCCCAACACACCUACGAUCAAUGUUGCCACCACCACCACCACCAAUACGAAUCAUCACAUUUCAACACCACCCGUGAUUUCAACAGAGAAAAAACGAGUGGCUCUUCCACAAACUCAAUUAAAUUACACGAGUGGAACUACACCAAGAGAAAAAUCUGCUACUCCUUCUGCAAGUAGUGCCACAACAAUGAAUGUUGCUUCAUAUCAGGCAUCUACCACCACCACCACCACCAUCACCACUCCACAAAAUAACACAAAUGUCACUAUUAGACCUCCAAAACCAAAAGGUUAUCAAAACAAACAUGAAAAUGUUUCUACAAACUCGACCACUCCAGCAUCUUCCUCAAAUACUGGAAUUUCACAAACGUCAUUGGGAUCAACACUACCAAUGUCUACUUUGGGUAAUCCUGCCAUGCUUUCAACAAGUCCAACCUCAACAUUUUUAUAUGGAGGUGUACCAAUAUUACCAAUGCCAAUUGCAACCAAGACUCAACCUUCUCGUCAAUUGGAUGAAACUUAUAUGGCAUCAACUUUGGAAAAUCCUUCAGAUCAAGAUGGAAAGAGUCCUCAAGAUGAAAAGAAGAAAUUUACCAUCAAGAUUGGUCGAGGACUUUCAAAAGCACUUAAAUUUAACAAACAACCUUCGACUCAUUCGUCACCAACUCCACCAACCAAUGAAGAUGCCACUGAUGAAGAUGUUCUUCCAAAUAUUCCUGUAGACAGUUAUACAAGAUCAACAAAAGAUUCUCAUCAUGGUGACACACCUUCUCCUGUUCUUCAUUCGUACACCUCUUCAGAAGUGUCACCAAUUGUUAAAAGUAAUAGCUCAUUGAUGGCAAAAGAUCUUGAAAAUCCAGAAGUGGUAGAUAAGAGAAAGACACUUCCUGUAAAUAUGAAAUCAGAAUUAUUCCAAAAGAUGCAUUCUCAAUUGAAACUACAACCAGGUCAACCACCAGCUACUCAUCUUCCAAAUAGUUCGACAUCCACAAACUCAAUGUAA